AUGAACCACCACCAGCAGCAGCACCAGAAGCCCGGGGAGCAACAGCUGAGCGAGCCCGAGGACAUGGAGAUGGAAGCUGGAGAUACAGAUGAUCCACCAAGAAUUACUCAAAAUCCUGUCAUCAAUGGGAAUGUAGCUAUGGCCGAUGGACACAACAAUACAGAAGAAGACAUGGAAGAUGACACAAGUUGGCGAUCAGAAGCAACGUUUCAGUUUACAGUUGAGCGUUUCAGCAGGCUCAGUGAGUCAGUCCUCAGUCCUCCUUGCUUUGUACGGAAUUUGCCGUGGAAGAUUAUGGUGAUGCCACGACUGUACCCAGACAGACCACACCAAAAAAGUGUAGGAUUCUUUCUUCAGUGCAAUGCUGAAUCUGAUUCCACGUCAUGGUCUUGCCAUGCACAGGCAGUUCUCAAGAUAAUAAAUUACAAGGACGAUGAAAAAUCAUUUAGUCGUCGUAUUAGUCACUUGUUCUUUCAUAAGGAGAAUGACUGGGGCUUUUCCAACUUUAUGGCAUGGAGUGAAGUUACUGAUCCUGAAAAAGGAUUUAUAGAGGACGACAAGGUUACUUUUGAAGUCUACGUUCAAGCGGAUGCUCCACACGGAGUGGCGUGGGAUUCAAAGAAGCACACGGGAUAUGUUGGGUUAAAGAACCAGGGAGCAACCUGUUACAUGAACAGUUUAUUACAGACUUUAUUUUUCACAAAUCAACUACGAAAGGCUGUGUACAUGAUGCCCACAGAAGGAGAUGACUCAUCCAAAAGUGUUCCUUUAGCAUUGCAGAGAGUAUUCUAUGAACUUCAGCACAGUGACAAACCAGUAGGAACUAAAAAGCUAACAAAAUCCUUUGGGUGGGAAACUUUAGACAGUUUCAUGCAACAUGAUGUUCAGGAAUUAUGUCGAGUGUUGCUUGAUAAUGUGGAAAAUAAAAUGAAAGGCACGUGUGUAGAGGGCACUAUCCCUAAAUUAUUCAGAGGAAAGAUGGUGUCUUACAUUCAAUGCAAACACGUAGACUAUCGGUCUGAACGAAUAGAGGAUUAUUAUGACAUCCAGCUAAGUAUAAAGGGAAAGAAAAAUAUAUUUGAGUCCUUCAUUGAUUAUGUUGCAGUAGAACAGCUGGAUGGUGAUAACAAAUACGAUGCAGGAGAACAUGGCUUGCAGGAGGCAGAGAAAGGUGUGAAGUUCCUAACAUUGCCACCAGUGUUACAUCUUCAGCUCAUGAGAUUUAUGUAUGACCCUCAAACUGACCAAAACAUCAAGAUAAAUGAUAGGUUUGAAUUUCCUGAGCAGUUGCCACUUGAUGAAUUUUUACAAAAAACAGACCCUAAAGAUGCUGCAAAUUACAUCCUUCAUGCAGUACUAGUACAUAGUGGAGAUAACCAUGGCGGACAUUAUGUUGUUUACUUAAAUCCUAAAGGGGAUGGCAAAUGGUGUAAAUUUGAUGAUGAUGUUGUAUCGAGAUGUACAAAGGAAGAAGCAAUUGAACACAAUUAUGGAGGUCAUGAUGACGACUUAUCCGUUCGGCACUGUACUAAUGCUUACAUGUUGGUUUACAUCAGGGAAUCAAAAUUAAGUGAAGUUUUGCAACCUGUCACAGACCAUGAUAUUCCUCAACAAUUAGUAGAACGGCUACAAGAAGAAAAGAGAAUAGAAGCUCAAAAGAGGAAGGAGAGGCAGGAAGCUCACCUCUACAUGCAAGUGCAGAUAGUGACAGAGGACCAGUUCUGUGGCCACCAAGGCAAUGAUAUGUAUGAUGAAGAAAAAGUGAAAUAUACUGUGUUCAAAGUAUUAAAAAACUCCACACUUGCAGAAUUUGUUCAAAACCUGUCUCAAACAAUGGGAUUUCCACAGGAUCAAAUACGGUUGUGGCCGAUGCAAGCUAGAAGUAAUGGAACUAAACGACCAGCGAUGUUAGAUAAUGAAGCGGAUGGCAAUAAAACUAUGAUUGAGCUCAGUGACAAUGAAAAUCCAUGGACAAUAUUCCUGGAAACAGUAGAUCCAGAGAUGGCAGCUACUGGGGCAACAUUACCCAAGUUUGAUAAAGAUCAUGAUGUAAUGUUGUUUCUGAAGAUGUAUGAUCCAAAGACUCGGAGUUUGAAUUACUGUGGACAUAUCUACACACCUAUAUCCUGUAAAAUACGUGACUUGCUUCCAGUUAUGUGUGAGAGAGCAGGAUUUCCCCAAGAAACUAACCUUAUCCUCUAUGAGGAAGUUAAACCGAAUUUAACAGAGAGAAUUCAAGACUAUGAUGUAUCUCUUGAUAAGGCUCUUGAUGAACUCAUGGAUGGUGACAUCAUAGUGUUUCAGAAGGACGACCCAGAAAAUGAUAACAGUGAACUGCCAACAGCAAAAGAAUACUUCAGAGACCUUUACCACCGUGUUGAUGUCAUUUUCUGUGAUAAAACUAUCCCCAAUGAUCCCGGAUUUGUUGUUACUUUGUCCAAUAGAAUGAAUUACUUUCAGGUUGCGAAGACUGUUGCACAAAGACUUAAUACAGACCCAAUGCUACUACAGUUUUUCAAGUCCCAAGGUUAUAGGGAUGGCCCAGGUAAUCCUCUUAGACAUAAUUAUGAAGGUACUUUAAGAGAUCUCCUGCAGUUCUUCAAACCUAGACAACCUAAAAAACUUUAUUAUCAGCAGCUUAAAAUGAAAAUUACUGACUUUGAAAACAGAAGAAGUUUUAAGUGCAUAUGGCUAAAUAGCCAAUUUAGGGAAGAGGAAAUAACACUAUAUCCAGAUAAACAUGGGUGUGUACGGGACCUGUUAGAAGAAUGUAAAAAAGCAGUAGAACUCUGUGAGAAAGGUUCAGGAAAACUAAGGCUUCUAGAAAUUGUAAGCUACAAAAUAAUUGGUGUCCAUCAGGAAGAUGAGCUGUUAGAGUGUUUAUCACCAGCAACAAGUCGAACGUUUCGAAUAGAGGAAAUCCCUCUGGACCAGGUAGAUAUAGAUAAGGAAAAUGAGAUGCUAAUCACAGUAGCACAUUUCCACAAAGAGGUUUUUGGGACAUUUGGAAUUCCAUUCUUGCUGAGGAUACACCAGGGUGAACACUUCAGAGAGGUGAUGAAGCGGAUUCAAACAAUGCUGGACAUCCAAGAAAAAGAAUUUGAAAAGUUUAAGUUUGCCAUUGUAAUGAUGGGUCGACACCAGUACCUAAAUGAAGAUGAGUAUGAAGUGAACUUGAAAGAUUUUGAGCCCCAACCCGGCAACAUGUCUCAUCCAAGGCCAUGGCUAGGGCUUGACCAUUUCAAUAAAGCCCCAAAGAGAAGUCGCUACACUUACCUUGAAAAAGCUAUUAAAAUCCAUAACUGACUUACCCAACCAGUUUGUUCAAGGCAAGGGACAAAUAUCAGUGUGUGUGUGCACCUUUUUAACAACAGUAGAACUUUGGUACACGUGCACUAUAUCUGAAGUCUUCAGCAAGAGGAUUUGCUGCUGAUGUUAAUUUUAUUUUGUUGAGGCUGUUCAGUUUGGCUUCUCUGUAUCUAUUGACUGCCCUUUUUGAGCAAAAUGAAGGUGUUUUUAUAAAGCUUGGAUGCCAAUGAGAGUUAUUUUAUGGUAAACGUAAUGCAAGGCAAUUGUCAGCAUAAUGAGGGAAGAGUUUAGUAGAACAGUUGACAUUGGCAAAAUAUUUGUCUGUAGUACGUUUAUAGAUGGCAUAAGCUGUCUGGCUGCCCUUCCUGGUGUGGUAUUCCCCAUCACUGCAGCUAGUAAGUCUUAUGUUUAGACUCACAUCAGAUUUAUUUCCUUCAGUUAUACUUUAAAUGACAUUUUUGUGCAUUUGUAAAUGCAAAAAAACUCACAUCAUCAAUAAAUAGCAAUCUCUACUUCAUUGUGUACAUUGUUGGCACUUAUUCUGGAUUUUUGUCUCCUCCAGCUUCAUAGGAUCCUUUUUUAAUAAACUAGUUCCUAUGUUGUUCUGUCGCUACCUUGCAUCCCAUUUUGCCAAGUGGAUGCUCUGGGUCGUAAAAGAUAUUUGGGUAUUUUUAUUAAAUUUAAAAACAUUGACAAAUACCAUUGAGGAUUACUAUGCUGCCUUUUGACAAAUAGAAUGACACUCAAAGUUGGCAAAAGCAGGUGAAAGGAUUAUAAAUAUAAUUAAUUUAGUUAACAUGGGAAGAGAUGGGGGGAAAAAACACAAGAAAUAGCCUUUCAGCACAGAGGGCAUGCUCACUAGUGUUUAGUAAGCUGUUGA